CCCGCCAUUUUCUUCUCACGUUUCCCGCCAUUUUCCCCUCACAUUUUCCUCCCUUUCUCUCUCACAUUUCCCGCCAUUUCCCCCUCACAUUCCCCGCCCUUUCUCCCUCACAUUUCCCACCAUUUCUCCCUCACAUUCCCCACCCUUUCUCUCUCACAUUUCUCCCCGUUUCUCCCUCCUGUUUCCUGCCCUUUUCCCCUCAUUCCCUCCUGAGCUGCCCCCAGGUACGGACCUGUCGGAGGCGGCUCCUCAGCCCAGCCCUGCCAUGGACUGGUUCCACUGCAAUCGCUGCUAUCGCCAGGAGGGCACCCAGUUUGCCGUCACCAGCUGCGGCCACAUCCUGUGCCAGGACUGUGGGGGCACAGGUCCCUGUCCCGUCUGUUCCUCCGCCUGCCGCUACCUGUCCCUGUCCCACCAGAUGCGCCCCCAGGAUAAGCUUUUCUUCAAGAGUCCGGCAUCCAUUGCCAUCAAGCACCUCUCCCACAUCUCACAGGUGUGGCGGUUCCAGAUGACCCAAGUGCAGCUGCUGCUGGAAUCCCUGCGGGACACGGCUCGCCGGGCGCAGGCGGCGCUGGAGGAGGCCAAAGAGGAGCUGGCAGAGAGGAGGAGGCAGGUGGAGUCUCUUCGCCGGGAGAACGCGGAGCUGCGCCGAGCUCAGCUCUCCCCGGGCUGGCUCAGGGGCAGCCGCAGCAGCACCCCCCGCCCCAUCGGCAUCACCUCCCCCUCGCAGUCAGUGACCCCCCAGCCCCGCCGGCAGCUCAGUGGCCAGGUGGUCAGCCGCUCGGCCCCGCUGGAGCCCCCCCAGUCCCGCAGCACCCCAAUAUGGCAGCCACAGGUGGGCGGAGCCUACAGGGAGUCAGGGACCCCCGUGGUCUCCAGCGUGGGUGAGCGGCCCCAAAUCCCUGAGCUUUUACCCCAAAAUGAUGCCUCAAGCCACGCCCACUUGGCAACAAGCCCCACCCCUUGGGUCCUCAAGCCCCUCCUCCUGCUCCAAGCUCCACCCUUUGAUUCAAAGCCCCUCCCCUCAGCUCAAGCCCCUCCCCUCAUCUCCAAGCCCCACCCCUUGGCUCCAAGCCCCUCCCCUCGGAUCAAGCUCCACCCCUUGGCUCUAACCCCUCCCCUCAAAUCAAAUCCCACCCCUUUGUUCCAAGCCCCUCCCCUCAAAUCAAGCCCUGCCCCCCUGGCUUUAAGCCCCGCCCCUUCAUUACCCCACACCCUUUUCCCUAAUGACUCUUUUCCUAAGCCACGCCCCUUUUGCACCUAG